AGCACUUAUGACCGCUGUCCUCUGGAGCUCGUGCGCUGCAUCAAACACAUCCUACACUCAGAGCAGAGGCUGGUUCAAGAAGCCACAAAUGCCAGCUCUGGGGGUGGGGGGCAGGCCAUGGACAGCCUGUCGCAGCGCCAUCAGCAGAUCAACCAGUCCUUCGAGGAGCUGCGCCUGGCCACACAGGAGACGGAGAACGAGCUGAGGAAGCUGCAGCACAGCCAGGAGUACUUCAUCAUCCAGUACCAGGAGAACAUGCGCAUCCAGGCCCAGCUGAGCAGCCUGUCCACGCUGCCUCCAGCUGAGCGCACCCAGAGAGAGACCGCCCUGCAGAGCAAGAGGACCACUGUGGAGACCUGGCUCACCAGAGAGGCCAGCACACUGCAGAAAUACAGGCUUGACCUGUCCGAGCAGCACCAGAAGACGCUGGCCCUGCUGAGGAAGCAGCAGACCCUGAUCCUGGAUGAGGAGCUGAUCCAGUGGAAGAGGAGGCAGCAGCUGUCCGGCAACGGGGGUCCUCAUGAGGGGGGGCUGGACGUCCUCCAGUCCUGGUGUGAGAAGCUGGCUGACCUGAUCUGGCAGAACCGGCAGCAGAUCCGGCGCUGUGAACAUCUCACCCAGCAGCUCCCCCUGCCGGGCCCCAUGGAGGAGCUGCUGAGCAAACUCAACUCUGACAUCACAGACAUCAUCUCCGCCCUGGUUACCAGCACCUUCAUCAUAGAGAAGCAGCCCCCCCAAGUGUUAAAGACCCAGACCAAGUUUGCAGCCACAGUGCGCCUCCUGGUGGGGGGGAAGCUCAACGUCCACAUGAACCCCCCUCAGGUCAAAGCAGUCAUCGUCAGCGAGCAGCAGGCCAAAGCUCUGCUGAAGAAUGAGAGCACACACAGCUUUAUUUGCCUUGGCAGUGAAAGCAGUGGAGAAAUCCUCAACAACAACUGUGUGAUGGAGUAUCACCAGGCCACCGGCACCCUCAGUGCACACUUCAGAAAUAUGUCCCUGAAGAGGAUCAAGCGUUCAGACCGCCGCGGUGCAGAGUCGGUGACGGAGGAGAAGUUCACGGUUCUGUUCGAAUCGCAGUUCAGCGUCGGAGGCAACGAGCUGGUCUUCCAUGUCAAAACCUUAUCACUGCCUGUGGUUGUGAUUGUCCAUGGGAGUCAGGACAACAACGCCACAGCCACCGUCCUGUGGGACAACGCCUUCGCUGAGCCGGGCAGGGUGCCGUUCAUCGUGCCAGACAAGGUGAUGUGGCCCCAGCUGUGUGAGGCCCUAGAUAUGAAGUACAAGGCAGAGAUGCACAGUGGGCGGGGCCUGUCGGAAGAUAACAUGGUCUUCCUGGCGCAGAAAGCUUUUACAAGCAGCAGCAACAACCCUGAGGACUUCCGCAACGUGAGCAUAUCCUGGGCCCAGUUCAACAGGGAGAGCUUACCCGGACGCAACUUCACCUUCUGGCAGUGGUUUGAUGGAGUUGUGGAGCUCAUGAAGAAACAUCUCAAGCCUCACUGGAAUGAUGGUGCCAUCCUGGGCUUUGUUAACAAGCAGCAGGCCCAGGACAUGCUGCUGUCCAAACCCAACGGCACGUUCCUGCUGCGAUUCAGCGACUCAGAGAUUGGAGGCAUCACCAUCGCCUGGGUGGCUGAGAACCCCAACAAGCAAGGUGAGAGGCUGGUCUGGAAUCUGUUGCCUUAUACAACAAAGGACUUUUCCAUCCGUUCCCUGGCGGACCGCAUCAGUGACCUGAACCAUCUUCUGUUCCUGUACCCGGACCGGCCCAAAGACGAGGUCUUCGCCAAGUAUUACACCCCUCCCCUCUCAAAAGCGGUGGAUGGAUACGUAAAACCACAGAUCAAACAAGUUGUGCCAGAAUUCACCACCCCAAAAUCUGAACCCAGUGGAGGAACUCCUUCGUUCAUGGACCAAACAGCUUCUCCGUCCAUCAGCCACCCCAGCAGCUUUGGAGUCUACCCUUCGAUGAGUGACACCAUGUUGGAUGCAGAGGGAGACUUCGACCUGGAGGACACGAUGGACGUGGCGCGCCAUGUGGACGAGCUGCUCCGCAGGCCAAUGGCCAACCAGUGGAGCAGUCAGCAGUCCUGAACCUGCGUACACCUUCAGGUCUUCUCCAUCUUAUCUUACAGAAACACCCGCAACUGCAGCCACAGAGAAACGUCUGUGUGUUCAUCGGCUGCUCUGGCAGGUCCACAUCACAAUGUAUUUCAGUUUCAGCUCCCCAUAGGGGUUUAGUGUGAAAAGAAGGUCUGGUCAUAUAUCCGUCUCUGUUGAGAAAGUAAACCUACUAUCAGAAAGCAAUGUUACAGACAUUUGAUGGUCUUAAUGUCCUCUCCCACUUACCGUAGUUUCUCAGGGUUGAUGUGUUGUUCCGGUCUGGAUUUAUUCAACAUGAAAUACAGUCAGUUUGUACGUAAACUUUGCAUUCAUAUGUGCCUGUUUAGCUUUUAGCUGGCAAAAGGAGAAGUCUGCUUAGAAAUGUACAGCAGUCAUACCAGCUUUUUUUUCAUUCUCAAGGUUUGCUUCAUCUACACAUUUAACAUUGGUGACAAAAUGCUGAAACAUUCUACAUCUUCUCCAUUACUGGGAUUAUGUGUCGCUAAUUCUUAUCCGUAUUCAGUCAAUCCAGAAUAAAUCAAAUACGUCACUUUAGCUGAAUCUCAACCUCUGUGACCAAAAGUAUUUACAGGAUGAUGGCAAAUGUAAGUUUUCCAAGAUUAUUUUAAGUCUGUUAUUUUAAAGAGAGGCUCAUAAAGGGAGCAGAGUGAGAUGAAUAGAACAACAAGCAGGAAACAACCAAUGUGUUUCCUAGUUAAGUUGCUAUGUCAUUGGCUUAGUUGUGGCUUGGACAUUGAGACAUUUUUUAAGACAUGUGUUUUCAGAAACUAAAUAAGGUGGUUUAAGUUUAAACCCAGAUGCUGAUGUAUAAAGAGACUGGCUGCAGAGUUAGAGGCAGGGCCCCUGUUAUUAAUACGAAAGUUGAUCAGUAGCGCAUACAGCCAAAUUGGUAUGGAUGCAAAAUCAAUUGAAUCUUCUGCAUCCAUGGGGCCCUUUGUACGACUAAUAGGACACAUUUUGAAAUAAGGGCUGUAUAAAUGUUUUGGUGGGGAGUCUAUUUCCCUUCAGAAAAGAAUGAUCCCCUGAUUUACAGUUAUCUUUCCCUCUAAGUCUACAGUGAAAAGUAUUUUAAGGCCGAAGUGCAUCAAAUGACAGAUCCGGAAGGUGUAAUUCCUUAUUUUACCACUAGGAAAAUUGCAGACAAAGCAGUUUCUGCCGAUAGCUUGACCCAUCGCCUCUGGAGCUCACUGAUCCUUAGGAUUAAUUCAAACAUGUAGCGCACAUGAAGAUUACCUUCUUGACCACCUAGCACUAAUGAUUCAAUAACUGGGUCCCCGUUUUGUUUGUUGUCUUGCAUAGCAUGAGCGUGCCAGUAACGCAAAGACACCAUGCUGAAUCCGUCAAUGUUGCACACUAUUAAGCUGAACCAGAUAAAGCACUUAUGUGCCAGCUAAGGCAAGAAACAACAAGCAUUAGUGCUAGCAUGUUAGCAAGUAAACAUGAUUAUAAAACAAUCCAAGUGUCAAUAUGUUAAAAUACAUAUUUUAUAAGGAAAUAGAUUGAACAAAAAGUUAGGUUUCAAAUAUACACACACUUUUAUAUGGACGAAUUACGCUGAAUGUGAAAAACAACUUAUAUUAACAGUGCACACUGAUGCAUCGAUUUGUGACAGUCAUCUGUAUAUUGUUUCAGUUCUGAAACGUUUUCUCAGCAGUACGAGGAAUAAAUUAACAGUUAAUCUGUAAAAUCGCAUCUAAAACCAUCCCCACCAUUUUUCACAGCAAUUUGGCUGAACCUGUUGUAAACCACAGCUAAGCUAGGCAGAUGCUAAGUGACACAGCAGCAGCCGCAGGGAGUUGAUGAGUUUACAUCUGACAUUUACUUUUGUAGUAAAACCACCAAUAUGUCUUUGUAACAUGCUAAAACAUGGUGUUACAAUAGUACAGGUGUAGAAGGAUCAGCCAACACAUUUGGUAUUGUGAGCUACACAGCAAUAUUUAUCUAAGCUAACAUUAGCGUACAUUAGCUACCGGUCACACACGUUUUGAACUAAACAAGGGGGAGUUCAUUACUUAUGAGUUCCUUUGGAGAAAGAUUUCAUUAAUGAGGUCUAAGGUUGCAUAGUCUGGUUUCAAACUAUCUUUUGGUGCUUUUUGUAUAAUAUUUUAUAUUGCAGCCAUGUUAUGAAUUUCCUGUAGCCUACUAUACCUUAAAGCAAAAUAUUGUAUUAGUCAUAGAUGCCAUCAUUUCUUAUAAAGUCAAUAAGUGCUUGUUGAUUUAAAGACUUAACUCACAAGUCAUAUUUUUUUACUUUUGUCAGAUGGAGUUUUAAAUACAAUGGGUGAUAUAACACGAUCAUUUAGAGGGAUAUUUAUUGAUUACAAUUGUUUACAUAAAGACAAUAUCCGUGAGAAUAUAGUUGGGGUUUACCAAAUUAGAAUUCAAUUUACCAACGUCAAAUUAGCUACAUUUUCUGUGCCUGAAUCUGUUAUAGUCGUGUUAAUGCUCGUUGCCUUGGUGAAUGUUUAUACAACAUUUACAUUUGAAAUCUGGAGAUAUGGAAAGGAAUCCCCAACAAUCACCAGUUAGUCUUUUUAAACUCUUUCUAAAAUAUUUGGAGCGGUUCUCAGUCAAGUUGCAUUCAUUGCAACAUUACCACCUCUUACUUAAUGGAUGUAUGGUAGUGUUAAAGUAACGUCAUGUAGAUUAAUAAUUAGUCAGAAAAAUAUAAUGCUACAGUAUUACUCCUGCCCUCACAUUUGUGCUGCACAAAAAUAAUUAGCCAAUCAUAGCAGAGUAUUUUUUCAUAAAACAGUUUAUAUAAUGUAUCAUUGCUAUGUGAUAUAGUGCAGGUCAUGGGAUAUUAGUGUUAAACAAUCAAAGAGGAUUUGUAUAAUAUCCUAUCAUGCUGGGUCUCAUUUGUUUUAGCACCUGAAGCUACCACAGAAUGCAGAAUAUUGAACUGUUGUGAUUGUUCUUGGAUAAUUAUUUCCCCACCUAUUAUGAUUAUUAUUUGCAUCUUCUGGUUGUUUUUUGAGUCAACAUUUACAUUAAUGAGCAUAAAAUGGAUUAUCUUUCCAUGUGGACAGUUUCGAUGUUACAGUCAGUGCUCUUGGAUUUCGGCACCAAUAUCUUUUCUACUUAAUGAUCUCUUUCAUAUAGCUCAGUUUUCUGCCCUAGAAACUGUGGAUGUCCCUCUUGAAUAGUUGGUCAGAGCCAUGUUCAUAUGAAAUGCAUCUUGUUUUGGAAGCCAGGAGCACUGUUUACAGGACUGCCCUCUCACUGUACAUCCUUUAUUAUCAAUCAUGGUGUAACAAAUUAAAUUGAAGUGACCUUUGUGUUUUUUUGCUCAUCUAAUGUACUCAGCUUAACGUUUGUGUUAACCCAAAGUAAGCUUGUCAUUUAACCUGAGCCUAAACUUGACUAAAAAAACUGUACAGUGAAUGUUCAACAUGAAUUAAUAAAAUAUUGGAAUCAGUUAGUGGAUGCAUUAAACUGACUCAAACUAAAAUGACAAACUACAACAUGUUAUAUUGAUUUGAGAAGUCUCAAUGUGACAGUUUCAGUGAAUGUUUAUGACAUAGAGAAUCUUAAACAUAUUCCGUCUAUGAAUAUAUGUUGUCAAAUGUUACUUUGAGGUGUGUGCUGUCUUACAGCUUUGUCAUCUGUCAGUGGAUUCCUUUGGGAGAAUGCUCAUACCUCAUACUGUGUAAUAGUUAUUUCAGUCAGAAGUGUUUGUCGAUCAUUUAUCCUCACAGCUUCUGAAAGUGCCAGUCCAAUCAUUGGGCAGGUCUGCGCCCUCAUGGUGGAAUAAUUCAUGCUCUGCAUAAUAAGCUUUUUCUAAAUUCUCACUUCAGUAGUCUUUUAGUUUUGACGUACAGAGGCUUUGUAGAUCUGUCUGUGCCUUGUGGAUUGUGAAGGGACAGCACGGUCCAUACAGGACAUUUUAAAGCCAUUGUCUUGACUCUGCACUACUAACAGCCUUAACUAAGGAAUGUCUAAUCACCUUGAGAAACAAAACUCACCCAGAAUGGAAGUAAACACCAUAAACCUCAAGAAAACUCACUGUGAAAUAAGUUUAGAUUAGUCCAAAUCAACCAAAUAAAACCUGAUGACUUGAGUGUAUACCUUUCUGCGUCUUAUGCUUUUUGCUUGAUAGGUAAAUAAAACACAAACUUUGAUGGUGUUCGAACUCGGCAAAAGCAAACAAGCACUGUGAUGUUUACACCAGCAGUUAUUUCGUGUGUUUGUGCUCAUCAGUUCUUCUCCUGCUUGUCUUUAAAUCAAUUUAAUUUAUGUUUGUCCUCAGUGUAAUUUACUUUUCUAGCCUGGUGUCUUUGCUUGCUUAUGUGCAGCCAGUGGCCUGUUUGGGUACUUUGUAUUUACAUCCUUAUUGUGCCACUUUCUGCUGGAAGUUAAAUGUAGGGAUUGGGGAUUUGAAAAUAAAAGUUUUUUUUAUAAUGAA